ACUCGCUCACAAGUUCAUUUGGCGCCAAAGUAACAAAUAUUUAUUAAGAGCAACAAGUUGUGCGGUUUAUAUUAUUAUUGCAAAUUAAAAGCCAUGGAUGAAUUGGCGCAGUUGCGCAAACGCAUUACAACUUCAUUUAAGUUGUGCGGUUUUCUUAUACGUUCCGAGAACAGCAACUUUCUCGCCGAGCAGCUGCUACCCUUUGAGCCCGCCGAGCGCGAAAAAUGGAUGACGGUCAUCACAGAGAAUCUACAGGGACAGAAGCUCUCAACGCCGCACGUUGAACGGGAAUCGCUAGAAAAAGCCAUUAACGAAUUAAAUCGCGUUGGCCUGGAUGAAGGGGAAACUGUAUUUUCGGUCAUCGAUGCCUUCACUGUGCCUCGCUAUCGCUACAAUACGCGCAUCAAGAAAUUUGAGCGGGAUACGCAACCAAGACGCCUGCUCACCCAGCCGCACAUGAAAUCGGAUUAUCUACAGCAGCGCUAUGCCAUGUUGUUGCAAAAAACCCUGCGACACGAUCUCUUUGCACCAGCUGUCAUCCAGGAUGGAGUUGCAGCUGAAGCACAGACGAAGAAAUUCAAAUUGCAGUAUGCUGAGAAUUUGUUGGCCACCUCGAAUAUGAAGGAAGCUGUGGUUCUGGGCUUGCUUACCCAGCUUAAGGAGGGCAAAUUCUAUGUGGAGGAUCCAACAGGCAGUGUGCAGCUCGAUCUGAGUGGCGCUCGCUUCCAUGCUGGCUUCUUUUGCGAGGGUUGCUUUGUACUCGCCGAGGGCAGCUAUGCUAAUGGAGUCCUCAAGGUUGAUGGUCUGGGCUUUCCACCCGCUGAGGUGGCGAGCAGCAGUCGCGCGUUCUUUGGAACUGGAAACACUUGGGGCGGAGAAUCCGCCAAGCUGCUGAAAUACUCACCGCGACUGCAGGAAUUGGAGCGAACAAAUACAGAGACUACACUCGUCUUUCUCUCCGAUGUGCGUCUUGAUUUACCUGUAGUGAUGGAGAAACUGCGUCAACUCUUUGUGGGCUACGAUUCGUGUCCACCGCAGGCUAUUGUGCUCAUGGGUCCGUUUACCGCGAGCACACGCAAUCAUCACGAGCUGCGUCAACACUUGGAUGCGCUGGGCGCCUUGGCCGCUGGCUGUGAGCAGCUGAAAAAGCAAACGGAUCUCAUUCUGGUGCCUUCCACUGAGGAUCCUACGGCACCCAACAUAUUUCCACGUGCUCCACUACCAGAAUGCUUGGCCGCUGGUCUGCUCAAGGCCUGGCCACGUACCCAAUUGGCCACGAAUCCUUGCCGGCUGCAGUAUUGCACCCAACAGAUUGUGGUGUGUCGUCUGGAUUUGAUGGCCAAGUUCUGUCGCAACACGUUACAUUUUCCGCCAGACACCGAGCACAUUGAACAGCAUUUUGCACGCACGCUUGUCUGUCAGAAUCAUUUGGUGCCCAUACAUCCCAUUGCGAUGCCCGUGCACUGGGAUUACGAUCCAGCGCUGUGGCUUUACCCCUUGCCCGAUCUCAUUGUCAUGGGCGAUUCGUGUCAGAGUUUUGCCAGCACUCAACAUGGCUGCACGGUGUUGAACACCGGCUCCUUUGUCAAGUCGAAGUUUGCGUUCAAGGUUUACAUACCGGCGACACGCAGCAUCGAGGACUCGGAGAUACCCGGCGACAUGGAGUUGGCCUAGAGAACUCUUCGUGUUGCCAUCUAAAAUAAUAUUAAGUUGUACUCUACUCUACCCUAUUUUGUGCUCGUUGGUAAGUUGAAUAUACUUUGUAUACUUCUUGAAUCUAUUUAAGUUGCGAGAGAGUUUCACAUGUUGCGUGUUGCCCACCCAAGCAACUCCCAGGCGUGUUUGCCAGUUGAUAAGCGACAUCCACAUCGUCGUCGUCAUAUGCGGCACAGCAUGUGUUCCACAAUCGGUUUUUUUUUCUUUAUUUCUUGGCUGCUGACGCGCCUCGCAAUCUGCUUUUUACUACGCUCGUCUCGUCUCUCGACGUUUGAGUCCGUGUUUGGGGGUUGUCUAUUAUUUUUCAUGACUUAAAGCCGAUUUGCAAAAGAAGAAUAUUGUUGCCAGCAGCAGUCGACACUUAGCGUGCCGGUGGAAAUUCAAUUUCCCAGCUACACACACACACACACUUUCACACACUCAGUGAUAUAAAGAACUGGCAGCUGAAACGGCAAUUUUGUUAAUGCGUUUGACCUGAGGACAUCAAUUGCCCUCGUUUUGUGACAUUGCUCGAACGGAAAAAUCGUUUUUUUAAGACAUCAUUAGCUGCUGCUUGGCCACCAAGAAGGACACAAGGGAUGUCCUGGCUACUAUUGAUUUAUGAUUUAUUGCCAAAAUAUACUAUGAUAGUGUCCACAUAGUACAUAACACAUAUAUAUUUCUCUCCUUCUCUUUGUGUAUCAAUUUCCAAAUUCGAUUGUCAGGGCGUUGCAGCUGAGUGGGCGUGUCCACUUCCCAAAAAUAUACUACUCUAGUUUGUGCUGUCGUUUGUUUUUUCAUUCUCUUUUCCGUUCGCCCUUUGGGGCAAGUGAGAUGGGGGCAAGGGAUGUGGCGACAAUCUUGCUUCUGCUUCAUUUAACUGGUACACUUGGAACUUUUGAAAAAUUUAAAUAUUGUUUGCGGCUGCUGCCACUGAAAUUGGCGAAGUGGAGCAAUAACAUAAAAUAUAUUUUUAUCUCUGCUGGUCAUUAUUUUUUAUGCUCACCCGCAGUUGACACCCAUUACAUAGUUGCGCACAACUUCCCCCCUUUUAUUUUUUUGUAUACCCCCCCCCUCGGACAGAAGUCGAUUAAUGCAAUCGCUGAUGCGGAAUGUACAAAGCUGUUUAUGGGUAUUCAUGGCCCCAUUGGCGCAUCAUCAAUCAGUGUCACAGCUGCGCCUCGAGUGGCCCAUGUCCAACUCCAAUCAAGGAUCAAAGCAGAAACUGAAUGGGUUACUUAUGUACAUUCAUCAUCCACCUUGACAACUCUUUCGUACACACAUCCUGUUCCAAUCACACACACAAGAUGCGUUCAAGUGCAUGUCCUAUGGUUAUUUCGCAAUUGUCUUGUUGUUAGCAUAUCCUUCACUGAUUUGCCAAUGCGGCCAAGUGGCCAUAUGUCUGUUGUCCCUUCUCAUCAGCGACAAAUAGGGCAGCUUUUGUGGUGUGACUUUUCAUUUUCGCAUACCCUGCAGUUGUUGCAAAUAAAAGGGGUAGAUUAAUUGUGGUUGUUCUACAUAUUAAAGGUAAAGCACAACUACGGACUACUAACUACUAACUUUUCAAGCUCGAAAAUUAAUCCUAUAGAAUAAUGUCUAAGCGAGGGAUAAAAUAUAUAAAAAUAAAAAAAUUAUAAUUGAAAAUGAAAUUAAUGUAAAGUUUAAGAAAGUACCAAAUAAAACAUAAAAUAUGUGUUGCUUACCU